CGAGGCAGGCAAAGGCAAACCACUUCUGUAACCUUGCCAAGAAAAUUGCAUGGACUAACCCAGGCAACAGUGCAUUAAAGGCACAAACCAAAUCAGGUUUCACUUGCUCAUCAUCAUUUCAACUCUACGGCUGUUUGAACAACCGAAAGACGGUUUACUGUGCUAACUCGCUUCCUGCGUUAUCAUCACGCCGAGUCAGACUUUAGACUGGCGCUUUGUGAGUAGGCAGUAAGUUUCACCCUUGGCUCUUUACGAGGGUUCUUUCAAGCUCGUCUUCCGGAACUGGUUUUCCGAGGAUAAAUUUUAGGAAGAACGAGCUGCGCUGUUCCACUCCUUUUUCUAAACCGUCCGCCAAAACUUCUCGCCUUUACAAGAACAGAGGGGGAGGGGGAGAAACGGCACAAGCAGCCAGAAAGAAAGAAAGAAACAGCUGCUCGCUCGACAGUCCAUUUCCCUCCCAGCCAAUCCACGAGGAAGCUCCCUCUCUCGGCCAAUGAGCCGCGGCCGGUUGACGAGCACGGAACGGCAGCCAAUGCCAGCCAGAAGGGCGGCAGGCAAGAGGGGUGAGGUGGGGCGUGGAGUGUUCUUUCCUCCUCCUCCUCCUCCUCCUCUCCGCCUCCCUUUCAGGUGGGGAAAGGGGUGCGUCCUCGUGCCUAAUGGGGUCGGCGGAGGAAGGGGGAAAAAGCGGGUGGUUUAGCAAGACCCCUGAACCCGGCUGGGCGCAAGUGAGAAAGGAAUGGCAGGCGGCGCCGCAAGCGGGGCUGGGGCGGCGCGCGCCUGGCUGAGGCGCUCAGCUCGCUGCCGGGACGCGAUCGGAACUAGCGCGCGCCGCCUCCACGCCACCCUGAGCAGCAACAGCAGCAGCAGCCGCCGCCGUCACCGCUUCCCUUCCUCCCCCUCCUGCUCCUCCUCCUCCUCCUUCUCCUCCUCCUCGAGCUGUUGAGGCGCAGGUUUUGCCGGGCGAAAACGUCUCCCAAGCUCCCGUCGCGACUCGUUUCAUUCCGCCUGGGCGCUAGGGCGCAGGGAGAGGCGAGAAGAGACUUCUCUUGCCCCGAUACUAGCCGCCUCUCCUGUUUUUGCUCGUCGCCUCAGCUCCUGCCGUCGCUGUGCCGCUUCCCGAGUGCUUUUCUCCGCCUCAGCUACAGCAAAGAAAGGAAGCCUCCUUUCCGUCGGGGGACGGCUUCUUCUUCGCUCCCUCCCUCCCCUCCUUCCUCUCGCCUUGUCUCUCUCUCUCUCUUUUUUUUCUCCCCUUCCUUUCUGAGGGUGGGAGGGGAGAAGAAUAGGAGCCCGGCGAAGGAAGCCAGCCGCGCUCAGCCCGCCCGCCCUGGGUGUGCGUGAAAGAGCCAUGCGAGAAUACAAAGUGGUCGUGCUUGGCUCUGGCGGGGUGGGCAAAUCCGCUCUCACCGUCCAGUUUGUGACGGGCUCCUUCAUCGAGAAGUACGACCCUACCAUCGAGGACUUUUAUCGCAAGGAGAUCGAGGUGGAUUCCUCGCCGUCGGUACUGGAGAUCCUGGACACGGCCGGCACGGAGCAGUUCGCCUCCAUGCGGGACUUGUAUAUCAAGAACGGGCAGGGUUUCAUCCUGGUGUACAGCCUGGUCAACCAGCAGAGCUUUCAGGACAUCAAGCCCAUGAGGGAUCAGAUCAUUCGGGUCAAGAGGUACGAGAAGGUGCCCAUGAUCCUGGUGGGCAACAAGGUGGACCUGGAAGGCGAGCGGGAGGUCUCGUUCGGGGAAGGCAAAGCGCUGGCCGAGGAGUGGAACUGCCCCUUUAUGGAAACUUCAGCCAAAAACAAAGCCUCGGUGGACGAGCUCUUUGCCGAGAUCGUCCGGCAAAUGAACUACGCUUCCCAACCCAACGGGGACGAUCAGUGCUGCUCUUCCUGUGUUAUCCUCUGAAAAGAAGAAGGAGGGGGAAAAACCGAGGGUGGGGGAAGAGCACAGCGGCGCGCUGCUUUAUGUGGUGUUUUUUUUAAUUAUUAUUAUUUCCUUUUCUUUACAUUUUGAAAUUUAAAAAAAAAAGGUUUACAGCCAACGAGCACCACAAGAAAAAAGGUGGCGGCAGCUGGAGCAGCAGUGUUGUCAUUCUGUGAAAAUCCCAAGCCUUUGAAACAAAUUUUGCAUUAACAACCGGAUCCCUUCCAGGUUAUAGUUUAUACUCAUGCUGCUGCGGGUGGUUUGCCGGUGUCAUGAGUACGCAUUGUGUCUCGUUAACAUCUGAUCCCUCCCAAGGAAAAGAAAAACUCCAGAAAAAAAAAAAAUUAUCUCUCCUUGGAAAUGUGGCGCUUUCCGCAUGUAAAUGCCAGCGGUUUGAUUGUUGCUUAUUUCUUGUACUUGCCUCAGUUGGGAGGAUUGUAUUGGCCAUUGAUAAACCAGUAGGAAAAGUUCCUGUGUUGUUUGCAGCAGGGACAGAGGGAGGGAAUUAAGAAUUGCUUUAUAACUGGAAGAUUAAACACACAGAGACACACCUAUAAGAACCUAAAGGAAGCAUCAAAGGAAGGAAGUACAUGUGGAGGAAGUUCAAAUCUUUCACACUUGUCAGCCUGAAAUUAGCUAGUGACUAGGCAAUUUUUGAUUUUGAGGAUUUCUAUGCAAAGUUGGAAUAUUUGUUACCAUGCUUAUCUCGUCCGAAGAAGUGUUGCACAAGUACUGCCUGGGACUUUUAAUAAUACUGAUGCCAAUACAGCGCAUGAGGUGCCACAGAAAUGUCUGCUGAUUACUUGUGAAAUCUAUUUUGUUUACUUGUUGUAUUGAAAGGGAAGGAAUGAAGAGCAUUUAUUUGUGUUGGGUUUUUUUUUAAAGAAAAAAAGAAAAGAAAAAAAUCAGCUAUGAAAACACUAACAGACUUGCACAGUUUUUAAGUUGUGUGUACUUUGUGGAAUGGUUGGGGACAGACAGGGCAGGCAAAG